GUGAAAUCAGCGAUGAUCUCUUUUCUUGAUGGUUGACUCCAAUCUAACAGUAGGACUUUUAUGAAAAAAAGAAUAGAAAAGAAAGAAACAGAGAGGAGCUUCAUUGUCUCCGUUUGAUCAGAUGCAGCUUGCCUCAUCGAUCGGUUCAUUUAUCUGUCCGACAGUUUGAGAAAUUAGAGACAGACGGCGGCGACCAAAAGCGAAAGCGUAUGCAGUUUGGGCCGGGAGGAAGCCAAUUAAGAAGCUAACUGUGAGAUGAUUAAAUCAAUAAGUGAUCAUCAAGAAAUUCAACCAAAAGUGGCAAGUACUGCUUCAGUACUCACAAAUGGAAAUCAAAAUGCUAAAAUCUAUCGAAGGGAGGAAGCAAACACUCAUAGUAGUGGAAAUGGAAAUCAGCAUAGAGAGUUGGUAAAUAGUAUCAAAGAAAUGGUUGAAAGCUUGGAGCCUCCCUCGAUAUCGCACAAGUCAUGUUGUAUUUACAGGAUUCCAACCUGUGUUCGCAAAAUGAAUGAGGAAGCCUAUACUCCUGAGGUUAUAUCGAUAGGCCCUUUCCACCAUGGCAGCAAAAUAUUAGAACCCAUGGAAAAGUUGAAACUGAAAUAUUUUCAGAGAUUCCUGCAGCGGAUUGACUUCAACGUGGAGAUUUUAGUAAAAGCCAUAAAGCUGCAUGAAGAAAGUGUACGUGGUUGUUAUGCAGAAAGCAUCAAGCUUAGCAGUGACGAUUUCGUUAAACUAAUUUUGGUGGAUGGUUGCUUUCUUAUUGAGUUUUUCUAUGGAUUAUGCUUCCAAGGAUCACAAAGUGCUAUUCUUGAGGACCAUAUACUGUUAAACCCAAUAUCAUGGCAGGCAAUGAUGUUGGACUUGCAGUUACUUGAGAAUCAACUUCCUCUCUUUGUUCUUGAGAUAUUAUUCAGCCUUGCAUGUGCACCGGAUGAUGAGUAUCCUUCCUUCACUUCACUUGCCAUUGAUUUGUUUGAGAGAUUUCACGCUCAUAAAUUGCCUCAAAAUCUUGAAGCGGAUGCAAGACAUUUUGCUGAUUUAGCCAGAGCAUUUUUUCUUCCAUCAUCCAGAAAGCUGUUGCGACAAAGAAAUCUUGCUGGUGCUGAUCAUUUAUAUACUGCAAGCCAGUUGUACCAGGCUGGAGUAAAGUUUAAGGUGGGCUCAAGCAAAUGCUUACUUGACCUGAAAUUCACCAACGGAACGUUGGAAAUUCCAUGCAUAAAAUUGUAUAAUCAGACGGAGACUAGUUAUCGAAACGUCAUAGCAUUUGAGCAAUGCCAUUAUCCAUAUGAUUCACAUUUUACAGACUACAUUGUGCUAUUGAGUUUCCUAAUCAACACUUCCAAAGACGUGGAUUUACUUAUUAGAAAAGGAAUCAUCAUUAAUGGGCUUGGCAGCAGCAAUGCAGUGGCAUCUUUUCUCAAUAAUCUUGGCACCAAUGUUGUAUAUAAUGGCAGGAACUCUGCUUAUUGUGAUUUUUUUGAAGAUUUGAAUGCAUUCUAUGAGAACCCGAAGCAUACUUGGAAGGCUACUUUGAAACGCGAUUAUUUUAGCACUCCUUGGAGAAUAGCUUCUACUGCAGCUGCUGGUAUCUUACUGCUGCUCACUCUCGUACAAACUAUAUGCUCCAUCAUCCAAGUUGUGAAGAUGUGAAAAAGUUUUGUGAAUGAAAUUCUGGUAAGACAUAACAUUUUAUUUUACUCCUCAUGUUCA